AUGCUGAGCAGCGAGACAGGGAAGGCGUAUCCAGGAAUGGGUAUUCCGCCAAGGAAACGCUACAGUCGACUGGUUCGUCUCGAGGCUUUCCCCGAGGAAUCGCCGGGCUCCAGCGUCGCCUUUGUUUCAUCCACGUCGUCUGCCGAGAUAACAAUUAAAGCACGGAAUAGGCAAGGUCGUAAACGACCUUGGGAGACUAAUGACGAAGGAAUCUCAGAAGGCGCAACUCCUGCAAAGAAGAGCUCAAUCGGUUCCAGUGACAACUGUGGUUCUAUCAGUAAAUCCAAGCCUGGAGACUCUGAAGAAUUUUGGGCAUCAGAUAGAGUGGAUCAGCAUGUGGUCCAAACUGGAAUUUAUGAAUGGGAAUCCAGCACUGGUGCUUUGCAGGAUGCUAAUAUUACAGCACUGGGAGAGCAAGGUUCAGACAAGGACUCAGAUCACACACAACCCUCAGUGAUGACUGAAAGAUCCAAGAAUCCAAGUGGAGGAAGCAUCGAGAGUGGAUCUCGAAAGGGACAGACCUGUCCCCUGUGUCGGAAUCAUGGAGAGACCCGUCUCAAAGCAGGACACAUGCCGGAAUGCGAAAACUACUUCUGCCUCGGAGAGGAGUGCGAGCGGGUGCGUGCCAACAAUGAGCGAAAUGCCAAGAAGAUCCAAAAGAAGCGCAUGGAUCACCUGGGUCUGGACGUCAAUCUCCCUCUGAAUGAAGAACGAGUUCCCAGAGAUGAAGAUGAGAUCGAAAAGAUGCUCUUCUAUGUGCGAGACUUGAUGAGAGAGAAUCGCAUCCCAUGGAACCGGGACAGCACGUACGAGGCCAUCCUGGUGGUUCUCUUCGGCAGGAAGGAGUGCAACAAGAUCGAGAUGGAAUUCCGCCUGCGCACUGGGCUCGGUCGUUUUCUGGAUGCCCUCGUCGAGAAAGGAGCAGAGCUGGAAACAGAUUAUUUGUGUUAUGGUGACUUGGGAUGUCUUCAUCAGGAUCCAGGGCACGUAUGCAACAUGAAUCAGGAGUACUUCUACCCACCCAAUCACCAUGAGACUCCCCUGGCUUUUUGAGUCUGAUUUUCACAUUUAUGCUUUCUUGCUGUAUAUGUAGCCAUUAUUUGCUGAUGCAGCUUUCAGUCAUGGUACUUGCUUCACUUGCUGUGCAUUGAGAUUUUGUAAUUAUUAG